GAAAUCGAACCGAGCUGGUCCACGCCUCGCCCUCCCUCGCCGCCGCCGCCGCCGCCGCCUCCGCCGCCGUCGAUUCGAGUUGCUCGGGACCGACCGGCCCGCCAUGGCAGGGAAGCUUAUUGCAAACUUGAUUGUCAUGGGCUCCAGUAUUAUAGGAAGGGCUAUGCUCCAAGCAUACCGGAAAGCACUUGAUAAUGCAAAUAAAACUGGUGUGGCCCAUGAAACAAUUAAUAACAUUCGUAGAGCCAGCAAAACAAUGACUGAGCAAGAAGCUAGGCAGAUACUUGGUGUAUCUGAGCAGUCAACUUGGGAAGAGAUUUUACAGCGCUAUGAUAAUUUAUUUGAAAGAAAUGCAAAAUCUGGGAGCUUUUAUCUUCAGUCGAAGGUCCACCGAGCCAAGGAAUGCCUAGAGAAUGUGUACCAAAAGAAUAAUAAGCAAGAUGUACCGCCUCCUUGAAAUUUGCAUUCCCCGAAAUCAUGUUUUUAGGUUUAUUCUUUCCGUCUCAUAACACAAGUGUACAUACCAGAAUUGGUGGCUGCUGUUGUAUCAUCACACCCUGUGGAAUCAAUAAGAAUCAAGUGCAGCGACCUUUGUUUGUACUCGUGGAAAACUGAUUUAUAAGGUGUCAAUAAACUCUAGCACGAAGCACGGUUAUGUUCUUUUGAUUUGACCUUAGGAGACAAUGAAAUUUCGUUUAUCAUCUCGUUUGCUUAUCAGGAGACUGGUCUGCCAG